AUGUUCUUGAGAAACUACGCAAAACAAACGCUAAGAACCAUGUCUACUCUAACACCUGUCCGUACUCAAUUGGCUCCUCCACCAGCUGCAUCUUACUCCCAAGCCAUCAAGGUCAACAACAUGGUUUACGUCUCAGGUCAAAUCCCUUACACCCCUGAAAACAAACCAGUCGAGGGAACCAUGGCUGACAAGGCUGAGCAAGUGAUCCAAAACGUCAAGAACAUUUUGGAAGAGGCCAAUUCCGGUUUGAACAAGAUCGUCAAGGUCAACGUUUUCUUGGCUGACAUCAACGACUUCGCCGAAUUCAACGGCGUCUACGGCAAGUAUUUCAACAGCCAUAAGCCUGCCAGGUCUUGUGUUGCUGUUAAGUCCUUGCCAUUGAACGUCGACUUGGAAAUGGAAGUUAUCGCUGUUGAAAAGGACUAG